AUGGAAGCUAUACUGAUUCCCUUUUGCGGAGCAAUUCUGAGCACUGGUCGAAUAUCCAAUUGGAGGCGAAUAAGUCUGCGAGACGUAGUGGUACGUCACCGAGUUCCCCAACGAUUCAGCAGUUACGAACUGCGAUCUAGACGCAAAGAAAUCGACGCUAAGAGGAGGGAAGAUUUUCUUGAGAGAUUUUGGUGGCCAAAGGACCACCUUGAUCUUCAGAGGAUAGGACAUCGACGACGAAGCUCGAUUGUAUUCUUUGAUCAGGUGGUAGUACUUUUGGGGCCGAAAAGCGAAGUGCCAUUGUUGAAAGAAAUGUUGAAGGCAGUAAUCUUCUCCCAAUAUGUGCCGAGGCUUUUGCGGAUCUACCCACUAUAUGUAGAAGUAACUAGGACCUCUGGCAUUCUGACUGAGACAGCAUGGGCUGGAGCUGCUUAUAAUCUUUUCCUCUACAUGCUAGCUAGUCACGUAGUUGGAGCCUUUUGGUACUUGUUUGGCAUAGAACGUCAGGUUGCUUGCUGGAGAAAAAUGUGCAGGAACAAUAUUACAGCUUGUCCAGAUCAAGGUUUUUACUGCACUGCUGAAAACCAGAGUGAACCUCACUAUUUGGAUAAAAUUAGUCAUUUUUGUCGAAUUGUCGAACCAGAUGAUCAGAACGAAAACUCAAUUAAUGAUCCCUUCGACUAUGGAAUAUUUACCAAAGUUUUGAAGUCUGGAGUGGUGGAAUCAAAAUACUUUCUAGACAAAUUGUCUUACUGCUUCUGGUGGGGAUUGCGUAGUCUGAGUUCUCUAGGCCAAAACUUGGAUACAAGUACAUAUUUCUGGGAGAUAGUCUUUGCUGUUUCCAUAGCCAUCGCUGGGUUGGUCUUAUUCUCAUUACUUAUAGGCAAUAUGCAGAAAUAUCUGCAAUCCACAACUGUGAAAGUAGAAGAAAUGAGAGUGAGGAAGACUGAUGCCGAACAGUGGAUGUCCCAACGUAUGCUCCCUACCGAUUUAAGGGAGCGGGUUAGACGAUAUGAACAAUACAAGUGGCUAGAAACAAGAGGUGUGGAGGAAGAGAAUCUCAUCCGUAACCUUCCGAAGGAUCUCAGAAGGGACAUAAAGCGCCAUCUUUGCCUCGAUCUUAUUAUGAAGGUGCCCAUGUUCAAAAAGAUGGAUCAACAACUGCGGGAUCCACUGGUUGAUCGUCUCAAGCCAGUACUUUACACACAAGACAGCUACAUUGUUCGUGAAGGGGAUCCAGUGGACGAGAUGCUCUUUAUCAUGCGAGGAAACCUAGCCACUUUCACUACCAAUGGUGGAAUAACUGGUUUUUUCAACACUGCUGAUCUUGGAGACGGUGACUUUUGUGGAGAAGAGCUUCUUACUUGGGCCCUAUAUGACCAGUCAUCGACCACAUUCCCCCUUUCAACAAGAACAGUGGUGGCAAAAGCAGAGGUUCAAGCCUUUGCUCUAAUGGCCGAGGAUUUGAAGACUAUGGCUUCUCAGUUUCGGAAACUUCACAACAAGGAGUUGCAACACACUUUCAAGUGCUACUCCGAACAAUGGAGAACAUGGGCGGCCUGUUUUAUCCAAUCAGCUUGGCGCCGCUACUCUAAGAAAAACCAUGAGAGAGCUUUGCGUGAUUCUGAAAAUAGACUGCAAUUUGCUUUGGCAAAUGAAACUGGGACCUCGGCAAGUCUUGGUGCAACUAUUUAUGCAUCAAGGUUUGCUGCCCAUUUACUUCGAGCCUUGCGACGACCAAAGGGUGGAUGCACCAGAACCAGAGCGCCACAAAGAGUGCUACAGCUACUACCACCAAAGCCAGCUGUUCCAGAUUUCAGUGCCGAAGAUCAUUAA